CACGAAUUAGUCAACUACUUGUGGCUUCUAGAGAUGAUUUUUGAUGCCAAUCGUUGAUUUCUGUCCUAUAUUCUACUGUCAGUUAGCGUUAGUGAUUGCGUGGCGUUUCCCUGUUCACAUUUGACGAUUGAACUAAGGAAUUAUCUACAAUGACCGGGACCGACGAAUCGUCUACAAUGGUAAAGCCCACCAUUAAGUAUACCCAGUUGUUCAUCAACAAUGAAUUUGUCGACUCUGUUUCGGGGAAAAGGUUUAGUACUUUUAACCCGACCAACGAGGAGCUCAUUACCGAGGUCAGUGAGGCCGAUGCCGCCGAUGUCGAUCGUGCCGUUGCGGCUGCGAAGGCCGCAUUCAAACGCGGUAGCCCCUGGAGAACAAUGGAUGCAUCGCAACGCGGAGUUCUCCUCAACAAGCUUGCCGACCUAAUCGCUCGUGAUAAGGUUUAUUUGACUAAUUUGGAGGUACUCGAUAACGGUAAGCCAUAUGCGGAGGCAGAUUUCGAUAUGGACUGCGCAAUUGCCACGUUUAGAUACUAUGCCGGUUGGAGUGACAAGAUUCACGGAAAGACAAUCCCUGCAGAUGGACUUGUUAUGAGCAUGACUCGUCUUGAGCCCAUUGGUGUUUGUGGCCAAAUUAUUCCAUGGAACUACCCGGUCCUGAUGGUUUCUUGGAAACUGGCACCGGCGCUCGCUAGUGGAAAUUGUUGUGUCCUAAAGCCGGCUGAGCAGACACCCUUGACCGCCCUUUAUAUAGGGGCCCUCAUUAAGGAGGCCGGUUUUCCUGCCGGAGUCGUCAACAUAGUACCCGGAUUCGGUCCUACUGCUGGUGCUGCAAUUUCCCAUCAUAAUGACAUCGCUAAGGUUGCCUUUACGGGUUCUACUGUCGUUGGGCGACUGAUUCAGAAGGCGUCUGGAGAAUCAAAUUUAAAAAGAGUAACGUUGGAGCUGGGUGGGAAAAGUCCUUUGGUAAUUUUUGAUGAUGCCGAUGUUGAAGACGCCGCCAACAUUGCACACGCCGCUGUGUUUGCCAAUAUGGGGCAAUGCUGUUGUGCAGGCACAAGGACCUUCGUUCAGGAAGGUAUCUACGAUGCGUUUGUCAAGAAGGCUCAGGAACUAGCAGAGAAACGCAAAGUUGGCUCUCCGUUCGACAAAGACGUAGUUCAGGGCCCACAGAUCGAUAUCCGGAAGACUAAAAGGAUCAUGGCUCUAAUCGAGAGUGGCAAACAGGAGGGCGCGCGUUGCGUCGCUGGAGGAGCUCGUCUCCCUGGCAAAGGCUUUUUCAUUCAGCCAACAGUAUUCGCAGAUGUUGAAGACCAUAUGCGCAUUGCUCGCGAAGAGAUCUUUGGACCGGUUCAGCAGAUCCUGAAGUUCUCGACAAUGGAAGAGGUUUUGAGGCGCUGCAACGAUACACAAUAUGGGUUAGGUUCCGGUGUGAUCACCAAAAGCAUUGAUCGUGCUCUCACCUUUGCUCAGGGUAUCGAAGCUGGUUCCGUUUGGGUUAACUGCUAUGAUGCUACCAUGGUUCAAACACCGUUCGGUGGUUUUAAGCAAAGCGGUCACGGACGUGAAUUAGGUUACGCCGGUAUAUACGAGUAUCUAGAAAUGAAGACGCGACAACCGCAAAGUUCACGAUUCAUUCCCGUUCAUUGAUGGCGUUUCCGCCGGCAGAAAUCGUACCAGUCGGUUGCACCUCGAGAUACUUCCAACGCGGGUCGACUCCACUCUGCUCCAGAUGAUUAUCAUUCCGCGCGCUCUCAGGCAUUUUUGUGCUGAUCUCUGUCUUGGCGAAGAUUUGUUUCGGAUCUAAGUGAUUUU